AUGAUGGAGCAGAUUGUUCCACGUCAGGAUGAUCAAAUUAAACUUAAUGAUUAUGAGAUGAACUUCUAUCAGGAUAUCGAGUUGCUGCAAGGUCACGGAAUUAACGUUGCUGAUAUCAAGAAGCUGUUAGGUGUCGGGAUUUGCACGAUCAAAGGUAUUAUGAUGACCACGAGAAAGCGGUUGUGUGAUGUUAAAGGUCUUUCUGAAGCAAAAGUCGACAAAAUCAAGGAAGUCGCCUGCAAACUAUCAAACAAUGGUUUUAUUACGGCCUUGGAGGUGACAGAACGACGGAAGCUCUGUUAUCGUAUUAGUACAGGAAGCCGGGAUCUGGACAAACUUCUGGGCGGUGGUAUUGAAAGUCAGGCUAUAACCGAAGUUUUCGGCGAAUUUCGUACUGGGAAAACACAACUCUCUCACACUUUGUGUGUUAUGUGCCAAAUAGCAAGUGAGACAAGUAAUUUCAAAGGUGGGAAAGUUAUCUACAUCGAUACCGAGAAUACAUUCCGACCGGACCGUUUGCGUCAGAUUAACGAACGUUUCAAAAUGGAUCAAGAAGCGAUGUUAGACAACAUUUUGUAUGCACGAGCGUACACUUCUGAUCAUCAAAUGGAAUUGCUGGAUUUUGUCGCUGCAAAAUUUCAUGAGGAACUGGGUAUUUUUAAGCUAUUAAUUGUUGAUUCAAUUAUGGCUUUAUUUCGAGUCGAUUACAGCGGUAGAGGUGAGCUUGCAGAACGACAGCAAAAACUUGCGCAAAUGUUGUCACGUUUACAGAAAAUCGCAGAAGAGUACAAUGUCGCAGUUUUUAUUACAAAUCAGAUGACUGCAGACCCUGGCGCUGGAAUGACAUUUCAGGCAGAUCCAAAAAAACCAGUUGGUGGACAUAUCCUGGCUCAUGCCUCUACAACUCGUAUCAUGCUUAAAAAGGGACGAGGAGAAACAAGAAUUGCAAAGAUUUACGACUCACCAGAUUUACCCGAAAAUGAAGCUACUUUUGCCAUUGCUACAAUAGGUAUUACCGAUGCAAAGGAGUAA